UCAGCUCUCGAAAGCUGUGAAUUCGGCAGCCCGUGGCCGCACUAAAGGGUGUUUGUACCACGCAAUGGCCAAGCGGAAACUGUUCGAGGAAGGACGGUCGAAUAAAUCAAGUGGAUCUUUCUACCAGUUCAACUGUGCGGCGGAGAAACGCGUCGGCCGAGUAAAAGAGAUGCGCCGUGUGCUCGACCCUGCUGCUCGGAUGCGCCGUCAGAGGAAAGCUGUGGACAAUCUGGAACACGACAACUUCCACGACGACCCCCAUGCCAAUCUGGUGAUGCAUAAAAAGGCACCCAAGUUCGAAGAAACUUUGGAAGCCAAGCGCAAACGCAGAAGCAAAGGUGAGCCCUUUAAGGCGCGCUUUAAAAGGAAUUUAUAUGCCCUCUUGGAAGAGCAUCAAACGAGCAAUCCGGAGCCGCCAAAUUACAGUCAUGCGAAUGUACCGCCGUCAAAGUUGCCACCGCGGCACUUCUGUGCCGUUUGCGGCUUUCAGUCAAACUACACCUGCGUUUCCUGCGGGUCGAGGUACUGUUCGGUCAAGUGCCUCGGUGUGCACCGUGACACCCGCUGCCUGAAAUGGACAGUCUAACACCCGUGUGCAGCAGCAAGUGGUUUCCUCCCCCAGCGCAUACAAGCCAGCCGAUGGAGAAAGAAACCGUCAUGAAUGAUUGGCAUGCUUACGUGAUCUGCUGCAAGAAUGCACAUCCCACGCAAUACAUGUUUGUGACUGCAUUCACAGGCAAAAUUCUGUCGCGACCCUGUAAUGUGGUGCGCCGACAAGUGUGAAUUUUGAAUG